AAUAAAUAACCAAACACGAAUCAACUCGUAGAUUUUGACUCUGAUCAGUGAGCCAGACCACCGGUGGAAAUGUCUGUGAAGAUCCUCUCCAUCACUCUCCUCCUGCUCUCGGUGUGUGUGCGCUGCCACUCUGAAGGUACUCAUGAACAUCCUGGAAGUAAACGCCCAUGCUGCCCUGCAGUCACCAAAGGCAAUAUGACUGCUGACGUGGUGGGGCAAACAUAUCAUGAGCUGGCUGCAAGACCACACUGUGUGAAGGCUAUAAUUUUUAACACAAAAAAUGGAAAACAACUUUGUGCAGAUCCAGACGCUCAGUGGGUCAAAGAUCUCACUGCCAAAAUGAGGAAGGAGUGAAGCCUGUCUGCUACAUCAGGAUUCCCAGUAUUUCCAUCACCUUUAAAGGCUUACUCAAACCAGAGCGCUUUCUCAGCCUGACUGUCUUAAAACUUUUUUUUUUGCAUUUGUAGAUUAAUUUUUACUCUUACCUGUGGAGUAAA